CCCUCGGUUUAGCCAGUCAGUCGGUGCUUUUUCGGGCAAUGAAGUGGACCUACCAGGACUUACAAUGUUUCGAAAAUGAGACCAGGAAUAAAACUUCAUCCUUCGGUUUCUUAAAGGUCUGGAACUGCUUGUUCUGGAAAAGGACGAGCGGUUUUCUUGUGACUUGCCCGAAAAAGACACCAGACUCACACUGUAGGGCUGCCUGAUUAAUUAAUUGGAGGCUGCAUCUUAAUGUGGGUACAACGUUAAAGUAAAAAUACUUCCCUUGUCAUCUUGUGGUAUCAGCUCGCUGUUGCAUAAUCCAAGAAGUGUAGCAAUAUCUUGACUAUCCCACCAUGUGACUCACAACAAUAACGCCUCCAUCAUAUUCUUAUUUGCCAGGUUGUCCUAACAGUCAGACUUCCUCUGAGGACACCAGAGACACAGCUGAUCCGGAGAGGUCAGACACUCUCUGACCCAGAUCCCCCUGGCAGGAGGACAUGGAGGUCCUGCGUAAGUCCUCUGUGUUUGCUGCAGAGGUCCUGGAUGUGUUUGACCGCUCACUGACAGACAAGGAGCUGGUGUCCCAGUCCAAGGCACUAUGCAGAGACUACAUACUGUCCCGGUUGAACCAGAACGGACUGGGAUGGUCCAAAACUGAACUCAACCUCUCUCCUUCAAAUGCAGCGCUCGCAGAGGUGUCGUUGGUCCUUCUCUGUUUAGGCGACGAGCUGGAGUGCAUGCAGCCCAGUUUGUACAGGAACGUGGCACGGCAGCUCAGCAUUUCUGUUGCCAUGGAGAACAUGGUUUCGGAUGCCUUCAUUGGCGUGGCAACAGAGAUUUUCUCCACAGGUAUAACGUGGGGUAAAGUGGUGUCCAUGUAUGCAGUAGCCGGAGCCCUGGCAGUGGAUUGUGUCAGACAAGGCUAUCCAACCACCGUCCAUGUCUUAGUGGACAGUCUGGGCCAGUUUGUACGCAAGUUUCUGGUUCCCUGGCUGAAGAGACGGGGAGGAUGGGUGGAGAUAACAAAAUGUGUGGUAAAGAAAGAUCUAACGCCUGAACAGCACUGGCUGUCGUCUAGCAUCGACUCCCUGAAGUAUUUCCUCACUACAGUCUACGUCUACAUCAUGAAGGAGCAGUGAAGAGACAAGACCUAUCGUGACGGAGUCAUUGUUUGAUAUGAGAUUUAUAAUCUCAGAUUUAUCAUUAAAACAAUGGGAGCGAUGUUCAUACUUCAUGAGGGACUGGACCUGCCUGCAGCUAACAGUAUGUCGCUGAAUGUCCAUCAUUGAAUGUUUCAUCAGCAUCAUGUGCAUGCCAUGUUGGCGUGUUAAAGUCUGGCAGUGAUUGCUUUUCAUCCAGAGAGCAGUUACGCUGAUAUUUAAGUGUCAGUCCACCACUUCUGCAUAUAUUCAUAGCUGUGCAGUAAACCACGCUUCUGCAUUGUGGUACCUGUAAUGUAUGAUGCUGUUCAGGUUGUUUGCACUCCUGAGGUAAACUGUUUGAUGCUUCACAUCAUGUUUGUCUCAGAAUAUAAACCCGAAGGGCACACUUCUGUAUAAAGCAUACAUAUUUAGUCGACCAGGUUUCUGAUGAUGAGACAAAGGUAUUUAACCCAUCAUGUGGUCUGAUGCACCAGCUUAACUUGUAUCUAUAUCUUAUGUAUAAGUUCUGCUGAAACUAGUUAUGUUCUAACUUAUGUUGUGUCGUUGUUUGGUUGCACCAUGAAGAUGCAAAGGUUCUCUUAACUAGGAUUCAUAACGUCCAAACUAACCAAAGUCUUGUUGCAGAGAUGAUAUUUUCACUUAAUUUAUAUUCUGUACAUGACAUGAGAUAUACAGUAUUUCCCAUCCACCUGCGGGACAACUCAUGGACAGUAUUUGGUAAGGGCAGAACCUUUCACAAUCAAACUUGGAGGGUGACUGGAUGAGCAUUCUGUCUGUCACAUUCAUUACGGGGCAAUCAGAGCAACAAAACAUUUGAUGAAGUUAACUAGCGAGCUUGACAGGCAACCAUUACUUUUUCACUAUCAGUGGAGCCGGUUGGUGAAUUCUUCUCACCGAAGCCAAUCAGAGCAAAAAUGUUUCCUGCUGAGAAAAGCUUCCAGUGUGGCUCUUUGUUCUUCAUUUAACAAAGAAACAUUUGUUAACUUCUUAUAAAACUACCUCUAUAGCUUUAACCACACUGAUUUCUCCACUGGCCGCCACUGUUUACUGGCUUACUGGCUUGUAGUUACUCCUCUAAUGAAGCUGAUUGGUCUCUGGCAGGGAACAAGUGUUUCAGCCUAAAGCUUUGUAAGAUGAAUCCACCUGAUGACAGACCUGGAAUCUAUCCAGUCUAUCUGCUCUGAAAACAUUUGGUUAAUGGACUUACAAUGGACUUGAGCUUUUAGAAAGCUUUUCUAAUCGUCUGACUACUCGCAGCCCUUUUUAUACCGGAGGUUGCUCCUACCCAUUCAUACCCAUUUACUCCACCUUCAGACACUGAUGGUGAAGGCUGCUAUGUAAAGUGGCCAUGAGUAUUAGCAUACAAAUGCAUUUAUAUGGCCACUGAUGCAGCAGUGGGAGUAACAUGAGGUUAAGUGUCUUGCCCAAGGACACGUUGACAUGUGCCUAAAGGAGCUGGGGAUUGAACCCCUGACCUUCUGGUUGGGAGACGACCGACUCUACCUAUAGAGCCAAGGUUGCCCCACAUUUGACCAGUCAGCAUUUUUUAGUGGUGUUUGCAGCUCGAACCAGAUUGUCUCUGAACCAACUAAAGGCUGACAGUUAACAGCAGUUCAUCAACAAACUGUAACUAAAGCCAACUGCAUAAACCUACAGCCAGUGUAAAAUAACGACAGUGAUACCAAGUGGUGAAAUGGUCAAUAAUAAGAGGUAUUUCAACAGUAUGUUAUUGUUAGACAGUGGAAAUUAUCUCCAUUGAAAGGAAAUGAAAGCUCAAAUCCCGAGAAAGUCAUCACAUAUUUCUGAAGGUGGCAUUAGAACGCGCUGCUGGUAUCAAACAGUUGGUAAAACCAGCUCUUUGUCAUCCUCCAAGUUAUCCCACCUCUUAAAAAACUAUCACCAAAGAAAGAGUACUUUACACCUACUAGGAGGUAGGUUUAGGAUUUAAGUUUUACCCUGCGUUAAAACCAUCUCAGCUGGUGCAACACCUCAAAUGUAAGCAAGCAUAAACAUGUUAGAAUUUGUGUUCAAACUAGACUCAUUCCAACAGAUACAGAGCUGGUGUAACCCAUGGCUGGAGUUAAAACCUGAGAGUCCAUCCUCUGUAAUAUGUGUCCACUGGUUACACUUCAUGAGUUUGAUUUAUUACUUUAUUGUACCUCACCAAAGCAUAACAGUGUUGUGACCCAUUAAACUCUCAGCUAUACAAGAGACACAGCUGAACUACCGAAGUCACUUUUUCCCCAUUUUUUUGCCAAAGAACAGAAGGACAGAGGAGUUGUGUGCAAUGCAUCCAUGUAUUCUAGAGGUGUUGAUUUCAUUUUUAAUCUGUAAAUAGUUUAUGAUUUUAUUUUUCUAUGUCGAAGAAUUUUAACUGUUGAAGCCGCUACAGUAUGAAGACAGGAUGAUUGUUUGGUAUGCCUGAUGGUUGUCAAGUUCAGAGUGUAAUUUAUAAAUGUGUGUCUGAAUGUUUUUUAUUGAAUCACAAUAAACUUACUAUCUGUA